CGGUUUGUUUCACGCCAAAAAUAAGGUGGAAAAUUUAUCAGCGUAGUGUGUGGCUAAAGUGUACGUUCAUUCUGGAGCAUUAUCAAUGAAAUACCAUGUUUCAUUGAAGGAAAAACCACCGUGGAAGCGAUACACAAACUUCAACGGUGUGUGAAAUUUGUGGUAUUCUCGCAUGCUUCGGUAAACCUCGUAGCUUUGUGCUUGGUCUGGUUGCCGAAAAGGAGUGUUUUCAGUGCAGUUGUUGUGCUUAGUUGUAUAAGUUUAGUGUUGAAUGAAUGAAAAAGUCAAUAUUGCAUCGAUUGCACAACAAUUUCCCAACAGUAUUGCAGUGGCCACAUGUUUUAGAAAGGAAAUAAAUUGCACUUGCCACUCUCACCAAACAACAGUUACCGCCGCUUACAACAGCAGUGGGCUGCAGUGGAUGCUGCACAAGUGAUGGCUAGCAAAGAUAAUGUGAAAGCUCUGGUAGAAAUAACCGGACUAAAGGAGGACCAAGCUACCAACCUGCUUACGGCGUACAAUGGCAAUCUGGAAGGAGCAAUAAACGCAUUCUAUGAGAAUCCCGAAGGCAUCCUCAACCCAGAACCGGCAGUCGUAAUCGAUGACGAUGACAGCAGCUCUGGACCAUCUUUCGCUCCCAGUCGUGUUACUCCCAACGACGACGACAAUGUGCGUGCUCCGAUACCUCGCAAGACGGAGAUUUUGCUACCGCAAAUCGAACUGAACCGUGCCCGAAUUGGGAAGCGUCGUGCCGCUGUUAUUACUGAAGUGCCGUUUCGUAACUUUGAGCUCGAGGGGCGCAUUCAGGAGCAGAUGCUGAUGCAGCAGGGCCAAGGUCCAUCGGCAAAGAAAGUGACCCGGCUCGAGGCGCUCUUUAUGCCACCGUUCGAUAUACUGUUUUCCGGUGGCUUCGAUCAAGCGCAACGGCACGGCAAUGCGGUCGAUCGAUGGCUGUUGGUCAAUUUACAGGACGAUCUUAACUUCAGCUGUCAAACGCUCAACCGCGAUCUAUGGUCGGACAGUGAUCUAAAAAAUUUCAUGCGCCAUCAUCUGGUGUUUUGGCAGCAAUCGAACAAAACCACUGACGGAGCAAAGUUCAAAACGUUCUACAAAGUUCGUUCGGAGCCGUACAUCGGUAUGAUUGAUCCACGAACAGGCGAAGAGGUACGGAAUCUAUCCGGUAACGAUCUUACGCCAGCGCGAUUUCUCGAAGCGCUCAAAACCUUUCUAGUGGAAAGCAAAUCGCCGCACGGGAAGGAGGUUAACGUGACCAGAGACUAUCAACUCGGUAUGGGCCCGUCGACGUCUUCGAACGGUGGAUCUAGAAACGUCGUCCAAUAUGGUGCCGGAAGUAGUGGCCAGAGCAGUUCGAAACCGCAAUCGUCCUCCAGUGCAGUAGCUGGGUCAAGCAGAAACCGUUGGGUUACGGUAAUCGAUGACGAUGAAGACGAUUUUCAGGAGAUUACGGACAGUGAAAGUGACAGUGAGGAAAACGAUCGACCACGAACAGUUGGUAGCGCAACGAGCAACAGCAAUAGCAGUAGCAGUAAGACUAUUGUUGCGGAUGUUCCAAAACCAGCUACAUCGACACCUGCAUCCCCAAUAAAACAAAAAGAAUCGUCCUCGUCCACGGAGCCAGUGAAAAGCACAAAUGACUCUUCUAAGGAAAGAGAAGAUCCGGCACAACAUCCAUGGGAGGUGGUGGAUACUGCUGAAAGACGAAGUUCAGCUGAUGAUGAAACAACACCUAAAAUGCUCAGUUCCGAUUCGGAAUCAAGCUUAACGCCGGAUCAGAAGACGCGCAUCCUACUCAAAAUGCCCGGCAACGUAACGGAGCGAUUAUUUUUCCGGAGUUCCCGCACGCUCGAACAAGCAACGGCAAAAUUGCGACAAAAGUACGAAAAGCAUUACCGCCCAAGUGACGCCACCAUAGACGUGCGGUUCUUCUGUCAAGCCAUCAAAUCGGAUCUGUCCGCGCUCGAUUCCUCCAAAACACUGCUGGAGUUGAAAAUUCACCCGAACGCUGUGAUUCACGUAACAACGGACGAUUAGACGACCGUGUUGCGGAAUUUUUUAAAUCAUGUUGCAGAUAUUCUUCCCCCGCUAAGGUCCCGCCCUUCUUUUUCCUUCCCGUUGGAUUGUGUUCUGUCUUGUUUUAAUGUAAGAUACAUACGUGUAAAGAAUUCAUUUGGAAUGUACUGUGUACUGUAAAGUAAAUUAUGCGUACAAAAAUAGUUUACUUCUUGAAUGUGUAGGUAGUUUUUUUCCGAAAAUAGCUUUGUA